AUGGUGCAGAAAACUCGACUAUACUACGGGCGAUUUACUUUCACGACCAUCGAGCUAAAUCUGUUGUUUACAAAUAUCAGCUCGCUGUCGACCAGCGUCUCGAAUGCUAGCUUUGCUAAUGGUACGGACCCCACAACGGAUGUGGUGUCACCCAACGACGACUAUGCGGGCGGAUUGAGUGGAAUUUACUAUGUGAAUAAUGGCAACGUCAACCACAACAUUCCGACCGAGUCGGAUGAUGUACGUGACUCUCUGUGGAUUGUGAUACCGAUCAGCAUUAUAUAUUCAACCAUCUUCGUAAUUGGAGUUCUGGGGAAUGUGAUAACAUGUAUCGUAAUUUCGAAGAACAAAUCAAUGCACACGGCCACCAACUACUACCUAUUCAGUUUAGCCAUCUCGGAUUUGCUGCUGCUAUUGACAGGAGUACCCCAGGAAGUCUACUUACUCUGGUACAGAUUUCCGUAUCCUUUCGACAACAACGUCUGCAUUCUUCAAGGCUUUACAGCAGAAACAUCUGCCAACGCAACUGUUCUCACGAUUACGGCCUUCACGGUCGAAAGGUACGUUGCAAUUUGCAAACCAUUCCGAUCGCAUACUAUGUCCAAGCUGUCACGUGCCGUUCGGUACAUUCUAGCCAUCUGGGUGAUAGCCAUGUGUUUGGCGGUACCACAGGCACUGGCACUCGAAAUUGACGAGCAGUACAGUAUGUGCACUGUUCGGCGGGAUCAGCAGCGGCACGUGUUCACCAUUUCGACGGUGAUUGUUUUCGUAUUUCCAAUGUGUGUCCUGACGGUUCUGUACGUUCUGAUCGGACUGCAGCUUCGUAGUUCGAAGGUGAUGAAACGGGGGACCCAACUGGGGAGCAGCGUACGACUGAAGCAUACUAUUUUCAAGAAAAACUCCCACCGAACGAUUGUCUCCAUCAACUAUCAAAACGAUUCUCCGCAGCACUACAGUGAAAGCAUACUCAUGCAGCAGCAGCAGCAGCAGCCCCUUCAAGCUCAGCUCUCACUACCCGGGAGCAUCGGUAUCAGCAACGCCAACGUCGGCAGUCUGGGCAACGAUGACGGCAAGGUUCCAAUCGAACGCAGCAUGGCCAACAAUAUCCAUUUGUUGGUGGAGCAGACCAAUUCGCUUUCCUCGGAAGAUGGACGAAUUAAUUACUCUAACCGAGUGCAAUACCACAGCACCAGACAUGUAGUCAAAAUGCUGGUGGCCGUAGUGAUAGCGUUCUUCCUCUGCUGGGCACCAUUCCACGCCCAGAGACUGUUUGCGGUGUAUGGAGGCGACCAAAAUAACGAUGAAGCAAUACGACGGGCUUUCGAAAUAGUCACUCACAUCUCGGGAAUUCUUUAUUUUGUGUCGACAUGUAUCAAUCCCGUCCUGUACAACAUUAUGAGCCACAAGUUCCGAGAGGCCUUCAAGGAAUGUCUCAUUGCACUCAAGUUCCAUUAACUCGCACUCGAUGAACACGUGCUCGUCCGUUUGCUGUACCAGCUAUCCAUUGCAACAGAGUAGUGCGGUAAAUGAGACAACCACAAUUACU